AGAAAUGGAUAAAGAGGUUCUUGAAGUAGUCUUGAAGAUGUUGGACAGAGAGUCGAAGAUCGCUUCUAUCAUAGAUCUACAGUCGGUACCAGCAUUGGCCAAAGGAGAGAAUUAUACAUCGACCAUCCUGAGGAUAACAGCGAAAGUGGUCUUGGGCAAUGGAAGGAUAGCCAAGAAGUCCUUCAUUAUGAAACAGAUAAUCACUGAAGGACCAGGAGGAGAAUUUAUGAAAUUCCGCGACGUAGGUAAAAAAGAAAGCCAGAUAUAUUCUGUAAUACACAAGGAAAUGACUUAUCUAAUGGAAGAAUUCGAAGACACCGAUGAAACUCUUUGGUGUUACUUCAUUCACUAUGAUCCGCUCUUAUCUUAUAUCCUAUUAGAAGACCUGAAUGCAAGUGGUUACAGUUUGGUUCCUAGACAGAAAGGAUUGGAUUUGGAUCAUGCCAUCCUCGUUCUCAGAAGUUUAGGAAGGUACCACGGGAUGGCAAAGGUACUUGAACAGAGGGGGAUCAUCUCCAAAGAUGACUAUGAGCCAAAUGAAUUUUAUACUAAUCCGAAACUUAUCAAAGCGAUACCUUACUCAGGGAUUUCGAAUGUUGCUAAAGCUCUGCAAGAGAGCUGGGGUCCUGAAUGGGUAGAAACUGGAAAGAAACUGGUGAUACCGUUUGAUGCAUUUGCUGAUAAGUGGUCUAAAGUAGGAAAUAUUUAUACUGAGACAAAGUUUACAGUUCUUAUCCACGGCGAUUGCUGGUCAAACAAUAUGAUGUUCAAAUAUGACUUUCAGAAGCGACCAAUAGGAGUGAAAUUCUUGGACUACCAAAUACCCCAAUAUAAUACCCCAUGCAUGGAUGUUACCGAUUUCCUUUACCUCGGUGUCCAGCCAUCAGUACGUCGAAACAACUUCCAACUCCUGCUGAAGACUUACUACGACUCCUUGGUCAGAACUUUGGACAAGUUCGGUUUCACUGGUACCAAGCCAACUCUUGAAGAGAUAACUAAUACAAUGAACCGACUCGAGUUUGUCGGACUUGCGAAAUUCGUCUCCAUAUAUUAUGGUCUUACCUGUUCAUCGGCAGAAGCUUUUGAUCUGGAGAAGAUUCUGACAACUGAUGGUGAAGAGGGAUUCAAUGAAGAUAUAUUAAGAGAGCCUGGAAUGAUCGAAAAAUUAGGACCGGAUAUAAUUGAUUUUGUUGAGAGGUACGUUCCUAGUCUGAAGUAAAAUUUUCUAUUCAACACAGUUCAAGUCAAG